UCCUGUUCCCCUCGGCCGUGCGGUGCUGCUGCUGUGGAUUUGAUUGACAGGAAACAUGUCGGUGUGGUUGGAGCGAACCUGGAUGCAGCUGCCAGCUCAGGAGACGGGGAGUACCUGCGCCCAGUUCACAGAUCUCCUUUAAAAUGACAAUGCGACGCUCGCUAACAAGCGAUCCGUUGGUGACGAAGCGUUGAACAGCUUGUUACAUCUUCUCAAAAUGAACAACCGCUAACUGGAUUGAGCUAAUUCAAGCGCUCUGCUCAGAUUUGUGUUUCUGCCUGUGCAUCUUCAUAGUGUGUGUGAUAUCGCCUCAGCAUCAACACUCAAUCAGAGACACCUUGAUGAAACACCAGGAAAUACGCGGACUGCUGCAAUGGAGUCGUCUCUCACACAUCUCAAGUCUCGUAUAUGAAACCUUCAUACUACAAUGUCAUCACACCUUGGUUGGCAUUUUGCAGCUUCUUCUAUCUGAUGGGGUUUUCCACUUUUAGUUUCGGUGUAGAAUUUUUGUAAGUGCAGAUAAAAAAAUUAACGACCACUGCUGGCAAACUAUGGACGAAGAGAAUAUGACAAAAAGCGAAGAGCAGCAUCUUAGUUUGGAAAAAGCCUUGCAACAGUGCGAGUUGGUGCAGAACAUGAUAGACAUUAGCAUCUCCAGUUUGGAGGGGUUACGAACCAAAUGUGCCACAUCCAACGACUUGACACAGAAAGAAAUACGAACGUUGGAGGGGAAGCUGGUGAAGUACUUCAGCCGGCAGCUGUCCUGCAAGGGCAGGGUGGCGUUGGAGGAGCGCAGCCCAGAGCUGGAGGACUUCCCGCGCCUCGGACACUGGUUCAGGAUCGUCAACAUGAGGAAGGAGGUCACCCAGGAGAUGAGUCCCGGGGAGGUGACGCUGCAGGCCCUGUUGGGGAUGCAGGACGAGCAGGUGUGUGAGGAGAUGCACAAGUUAGGGGCCAACAAGGAGGAGUGCGCUCGCCUCAACGCCUCUCUGUCCUGCCUCCGGAAGGCUCACCAGUCAGAACAACAGGAGGAGGAGAAAAUCCACGGCAACGGAGCGGGCGGCCAGAUCAAUCAGGACUGGGCCAUCCAGUGGCCCACCUCCGAGUCGGGGAAGGAGAACACCCCGGUGUGCCAGCCCGAACCCAGCCAGUGGAUCCGCUUCCAGCUGUCCCAGAGCCCCCAGGUCCAGACGCGGGGCCUGCAGCAGGCGUGCCAGUCCCCCCAGGCCCUGGGCCCGUCAUGCUACCCGGACCGGCUCACCGUGGACGGCCACCCCGCGGGCCUCCUCCCCUCCCUGGACUCGGGCCACCGCUCCCUGCCCCCCUCGCCCCGCCAGAGGCACUUUGCCCACACGCCGCCGCGGACGCCCCUGGUGGUGAGCACCAUGACGCCCCCGGGCACCCCCCCAAUGCGUUGCAGGAACAAGGUGAAGGCCCCCGGGACGCCGCCCCCCCAGAGCCACAAGCUCAUUCACCUCCUGCCCGGGUUCACCGCGCUGCACCGCAGCAAGUCCCACGAGUUCCAGCUGGGGAACCGAGUGGAGGACCCACACACACCCAGCUGUGGCUAUGCUGACCUGGCGAACUGUACUCAUCCAUCCAACCCUUUAUCUGUUCCUUCAUCUAUCCUUCCCUCCAUCCCUCGCUCUCCUCCUUCUCCAGACACUCUGUCAGUGCCUCGCUGGUCCCCUCAGAUUCCCCGAAGAGACCUGGGAAACUCCAUUAAACACAGGUUUUCCACCAAGUACUGGAUGUCCCAGACCUGCACCGUGUGUGGGAAGGGAAUGUUGUUUGGACUCAAAUGUAAAAACUGCAAGCUGAAGUGCCAUAACAAAUGCACCAAAGAAGCCCCGCCCUGCCAUCUCCUGAUCAUCCAGCGAGGAGGACGAGACUCACUCAAAGACCACCAAGGAACAUCACAAGCCCGUUUGGUGCGGACCGAAUCGGUACCAUGUGACAUCAACACGGCCCUCAGAUACACCGACCUGCACAUCAGCCAAACGCUGCCCAAGACCAACAAGAUCAACAAGGACCACAUUCCUGUCCCCUACCAGCCAGAUUCCAGCAGCAACCCCUCCUCCACCACCUCCUCCACCCCCUCCUCCCCAGCCCCGCCCCUGCCCUCCAGCGCCACGCCCCCUUCGCCGUUACACCCUUCUCCGCAAUCCGCCCGGCAACAGAAACAGUUCAACUUGACAGCCUCCAGUUACUUCAAAUACAAGCAGCAGUUCAUCUUCCCCGAUGUGGCCCCCGAGACCCCCCCCAGCCGAGCACCCCAGGUGGUCCUGCAUCCAGUCCUGUCAGAACCUGGAAAUGUGGGGAACCCUUUACUCCAGAUUGAAGUCGAACCGACAUCAGAUAAUGACGAGGGCAACGGCGAGGCGGAGGACUCGGGCGACGAGUUCGAGGAGAUGAACCUGUCGCUGCUGUCGGCCCGGAACUUUCCGCGCAAGGCCAGCCAGACCAGCAUCUUCCUGCAGGAGUGGGACAUCCCCAUCGAGCAGCUGGAGAUGGGCGAGCUGAUUGGGAAGGGCCGCUUCGGCCAGGUGUUCCACGGGCGCUGGCACGGCGAGGUGGCCAUCCGCCUCAUCGACAUCGAGCGGGACAACGAGGACCAGCUGAAGGCCUUCAAGAGGGAGGUGAUGGCGUACCGCAACACGCGCCACGAGAACGUGGUGCUCUUCAUGGGCGCCUGCAUGAGUCCUCCUCACCUGGCCAUCAUCACCAGCCUGUGUAAAGGCCGGACCCUGUACUCAGUCGUGAGGGACGCCAAGGUGGUCCUAGACGUCAACAAGACUAGACAGAUAGCACAGGAGAUGGUCAAGGGGAUGGGCUAUCUCCAUGCCAAGGGGAUCUUACACAAGGACAUGAAGUCCAAGAAUGUCUUCUACGACAACGGCAAAGUGGUCAUCACUGAUUUUGGACUCUUCACCAUAUCUGGAGUUCUACAGGCGGGCAGCAGACGGGAGGACAAGCUCAGGAUCCCCAGCGGCUGGCUCUGUCACCUGGCUCCGGAGAUCAUCCGACAGCUCUCCCCCGACACCGAGGAGGACCAGCUCCCCUUCUCCAAGCAGUCAGACGUCUUUGCGUUCGGGACCAUCUGGUACGAGCUGCAUGCACGCGAGUGGCCUUACAAGAACCAGCCUGCUGAGGUGAUCUUGUGGCAGGUGGGCAGCGGGAUGAGGCCCAAUCUCACCCAGAUUGGCAUGGGCAGAGAGAUAUCAGACAUCUUGUUAUUCUGCUGGGCCUUCGAACAAGAGGAGAGGCCGAGCUUCUCCAAGCUGGUGGAGCUGCUGGAGAAGCUGCCAAAGCGGAACCGUCGCCUCUCACACCCUGGGCACUUCUGGAAGUCAGCUGAGUAUGUCAAAUGAGCUAGGGACAACACAACCGCCCACUACCCCAUGACUCGAACAACUCCUUAAGAGUCCCAGAGCUAGUCAAACCGCCUCAGACUGUCUUGAGUUUGUGGAGUGUCCGCAUGUGUGUGUCAGAAACGGUUUGGUUUCUUGAAUUCCCUUCGGUCUAGAAGUUUCCGCCUCCUUCUUGAACUCGCAUCUUCUUUGGUUUAUGAUUUAAUGACGUGGAAGAUACAUUUUGUUGGUUUCCUUUAAACGGACUGUUCUUUUUAUAGUUUCUUCCCUGUAUUUAUUUGUGCUCCUCGUUUUGUAACGACACUUUGUCAUGGUUCACGUCAUUGUGUACUGAAAGAAUGCAUUUUUGAGAACAAACUGCUGUCUCUUUUGUUUUCCUUUCUUUUGGUGAAAAAUCCGAAUGAAUGUCAAUCUUUUACGAAUUGUCAAAUGUGUAUUUUCAAACCAUUGUCUUGCCAUUUCCUCAUGUCUGUCUGGUGUAACAGUAAUCUGUUACCUCGUGGUGUCCCAUGUGUGAAUGUUCAUGUAUGUUUGCCUCUGAGCUUUUAUCUUAAAGUAAAACAUUAUUAUAUACCGUUGAAUGUGAUAAACCUGCCAUUCUGCUAGUGUGGAUGGUAGGACAAGUACCUUGGUAGGAGACUGUUCUCCGAUCGGCCUGUUGCUUUGAUUAUUGCCUGUGAACACUAGUGAGACGUUUUAGCUACAGCGCAGCAAACAGCUGUUGAUUCAUCACUCUUGACUCACUAGGACCUUUUCACGACAAAGUGAAAAUGUCGACACUUGAAUUGUAUCUUGUUACAAACUCGCUCGCUAAUCACACUGGAGAGAAGCUGUGAGUGAGUCCUUGGAGAAACACACGUGUAUUGCUUCAGAGGUCGAUGUUGGAAUAGACAUAUUCGGCUCUGAUUGUACGUUCGUUUAUAGCAUAAUGCACAUAACCAUUUGUCAACCCACCUAUUACAAAGCACUUUCCUCUCAGACACAAUGACAGAAGUACAUCCAGUGGUGAACACUGAAGGUACAUGACAUUGACGGGACCAUUAGUAAAUCAUUUAUCGUCCUGAUCGAUUUAGCAGCGAUAACUGAAUUUGAAGUGAUUUGCGGAGGAAGUUAGAAUCAAUAUUGACAUUGUCAGAGUUUCCAAAUCCGUAAUUCUAUUUGUUUGCCUCUCUGGCGCGCGGUCAAGAUAGUGAACCUUGUAACUUCCCUUUUCCACAGCCGACAAAACAUAUCAAUGCACUGACCAUAGCCAUGUUUUGUAUUUCACAUAUAUUUAAAAAACACUGACCGUGUGUGGAACAUAGGAAGACUAAGGCGUACCACAGUGGGGACACGUGUCAGGGUAGGUGCUGUAUACUUGCUUUUCAAUCUUUACAAACAAGUCUCGUAGACACAGACCAUUCAAUCAUGUAAAGAGCCUCUACGUCAUUAUACACACAUCUACCGGUGUUGGAAAUGCAUACAAACAACUUGCUGCUGAUUUUUGGAGUACAUCUGUCUAUUUUGGAAUUGCUGGAAUUCAUAUUUGUACUGUUGAUAACUUUUAAGUGCAUGAGAUGGACCAGAAAGAUAUAUUCUUGUUGUUAUGAAUAAUGGGACCCUUCAGCGCGAUAUCUCUAACCCCACGUGAUCACUCUGUUGUACUGUAAAUAACACCAACACAUGAAAUGGUAACAGCUGAAGUUUUAUCACGGUUAUACUGCAGGCUUUGUAAAAAAAUGUUUUAAAAAGCGAUGUUUAAGAGAAUGAUUGCUAUAUUAUAUUUAUACAGUAUAAUGACCCUAUUGUGAAAAGAACUAGCAACAUGCGCAUAUCCUGGAGAACAGAGUAGAACACAAAUAUGAGAAACAUUUAGUGCCAAGUGUACAUACCAGAUUGUAGACCUCGUUUUAUCGACAUUUGCCGUAAUUCAAUAUUCCAUGUGAACUUUGACCUAUUUUUUAUGUACGAAUUGUGUUGUGCUUUUGUCGUAUUUUUUGUUGGUUUCACUUUAAUUUCUUCAUUUUUCCUUCUGAUAUUGAAUAGCAUUGAUACUGUGUUUCUUUUUUCUGAUUGAGUCCUUGUAUUGUAGAGUAUAGUUCCAAACAGCUUGUAUUAAAUGAUGCCUUAUGGUUCAUGGCUUAGAGACUGGUAGACUUGAUCACAAGCUAUUUUUUGCACUCAUGUAUGACAAUAAAAGAUGUUUUCAUUUUGGACUUUU